AUGAUGAAUGCACUGGGUCUCGGCCUUCUUUGUUUACUUCUCUGGCCUGAAGCUGCAGAGGCUCAGUUUCCUCGAGUGUGUUGCACCGUGGAGGGAAUUCAGUCCAAGCAGUGCUGCCCUGCUCUGGGCUCUGAUCCUGACAACGUGUGCGGCUCUCUGUCUGGGAGAGGAAGCUGCUCCGCUGUUCGAUUCGACAGCAAACCCUGGGGAGGACCCUACAGGCUGAGAAAUGUUGAUGACAGAGAGAGGUGGCCGACCAAAUUCUUCAACCAGACUUGCAGGUGUACUGGUAACUUUGCAGGAUUUGACUGUGGUCAGUGUAAGUUUGGCUGGACUGGACCUAACUGUGACUUGAGGAAAGCCCCCGUGGUACGAAAGAACAUCCACUCCCUGACCCCUGAAGAGCUCACCGAGUUCCUUAAUGCUCUGGAACUGGCUAAGACCACCCUCCACCCAGACUAUGUGAUUGCCACCCAGCACUGGCUGGGACUCCUAGGACCAAAUGGAACUGAGCCCCAGAUUGCCAACAUCUCAAUCUACGACUUCUUCGUCUGGCAACAUUACUACUCUGUCCGAGACACUCUUCUUGGUCCCGGGCGUCCAUUCAAAGCCAUUGAUUUCUCACACAAAGGACCAGCAUUCAUUACCUGGCACAGAUAUCACCUGCUCAGCUUGGAGAGAGAGCUACAGAGACUGACUGGCAAUGAAAACUUUGCAGUCCCUUACUGGAACUUUGCCACGGGGCAGAGUGAGUGUGAUGUCUGCACAGACUCUCUGCUAGGGGGGCGAAACCCAGACAACCCCUCCCUCAUCAGUAACCAGUCCAGAUUCUCCACAUGGGGGGUGGUGUGUAACAGUUUGGAUGACUACAAUCGCCUGGUGACUCUUUGCAAUGGCACCGGUGAGGGUUUCAUUCAGAGAGGGAUAAUGGAGCGAGCUAAUGCAUCUCUGCCCACCAUGACCGACAUCAGAAGCUGUCUUGGAAUCAGGGAGUUUGACAGCCCUCCUUACUUCACCAACUCAUCCUUUAGUUUUAGAAACGCUCUUGAAGGGUACGAUAAACCAGACGGAGAACUGGAUGAAUCAGUCAAUAACCUUCACAACCUCGUACACUCCAUGCUCAAUGGAACCAGUGCUUUGUCUCACUCCGCAGCCAACGACCCCAUCUUUCUGGUUCUCCAUGCUUUCACUGAUGCCAUUUUUGACGAGUGGAUGAAGAGAUUUGCUCCAUCCAACGCCACCUUCCCAGAUGAGAUGGCCCCCAUUGGUCACAACAGAGACUACAACAUGGUUCCAUUCUUCCCUCCGAUCACUAAUGAGGAGAUCUACAUCACAUCGGAGCAGCUCGGAUAUUCCUACUCCAUUGCCUUAGACGAUGCAGAUGGAGGCCCCACUGUGUUUGUGCUGGGCUCCACUCUUGGGGGAGUCUUCAUUGGUCUCCUGGUGCUUCUUCUUAUCUUUGUGCUCUACCUGCGUCAACGGAAAAACAGAGGCUUUGAACCCCUAAUAAAAGCAGACUUCACAAAUAGGAAGUACACAGAGGAAGCCUAG